AUGCAAGGUGUUAUUAAUAUAUGCAAGGCGUGGUCUCUGAUUUUCUGGCAGAAAGAUUGGCGGAGUAUUUGCGAGUAUAUUACUCGGGCUGAUUUGGAGAACCGUCGCUCAAGUGACCCCAAACAAGAGGAAGUUGUCACGACAUUUACUCGAUACAGCCGCAAAGUGACCUAUAUGUUCUGUGCUUUGUCAUUCGCCACUGCUUUCGUUGUUAUAUUUCAGCCAGCUUUUAAGUACCUUCUGUCUCCGAAGUAUAGGGAAAAUACCAAAAACGGGACAGAAGAUUAUAUGGAAGUAGUGAGUUCUUGGGUGCCGUUUGACAAACAUAAAAUGCCAGGUUACUUCUUCGCUUGUGUUAUCCAAGCGUUUGGCACUUUGUUUGCUUGUGCCUGGAUAACUUCGUAUGAUAUGAUCGCUUUAUCUGUUAUGAUAUUUAUUCGCUUGGAAUUGGAGUCUCUCAGGAUAGACUGCAGUAAAGUGUUUGAUGGUGGUGAUGGUGAUAUUAUUUUGGAUAGAAUUCGGCGGUGUCAUCGACGUCAUGUGGAAUUGGUGAGAUGCUGUCGUCUGUAUGACUCCUGCACUUCACCAAUUUUGAUGUUAUACACCUUUAUUUGCACAAUUAUGCUGUGCGCUACAGCUCAUCAAAUAAAUAUGGAAACAAAUAAAUCGCAACAGAUGAUGACUCUGAUAUAUCUUAUAUUUGGCAUAUCUCAGCUAUUUCUAUAUUGCUGGCAUAGUAACGACGUAUAUUACGCUAGUAUGGCCCUCGCCAGCGGCCCAUAUGAAAGCAACUGGUGGUCCCAAACCAUAUCAAAUCAGAAAAAUAUAUAUAUCUUAGUGGGACAAUUGUCUAAAGUAAUUGUAUUUACCGCUGGCCCCUUUACAAACUUAACAGUUGCCACUUUUAUAAAUAUUCUGAAAGGCGCUUACAGCUAUUACACGCUGCUUUAA